AUGAAAUUGGCCACGAGUGCCAGAGGCGUCCUCAAAAGCCUACGGUCCAAACAGACCAACCUACAGUCAACAAAGACCUCAAAGGCACCGUUGUCGCGUUAUCAUGUCUUGCUAAGCGACUCCGGGGUGGGAGACACGCCUACGAAGGAAGCUGAAUCCGAGUCUGCGUCAACGCGUCACCGGGAGAAGGCACGGCGGCCCGCAGCAGGGAUCCAAGGGAAGGAAGUGAGAGAGUGUUUCGACCAAGGCAACAUGGGGCACACUCCGAUCGCCAUUCACGAGGAUGCACAAGAACAGCUUCGUGGUGGUGAAGAAGAGGCGGACAACAUGGUGCAGUGCCAGGCGGAAGACGAGGACUCUCUAAAUGAAUCCUUUUCAGACGACUCAGACGAGAGCGACGACGAAGUCAACGAGAGUGUAGUCGAUGACAUGCGCAGACUCGAAGAAAGCUUCAGAGGCAUCUCCCAGAGGUACCGACUCAUCAACCGCAUUGGCGAAGGCACCUUUUCCACUGUAUACAAGGCCGAAGAGCUUGUUCAGCCGGACGAGCUAGGUCAAGAGAAUGAAGAUCCUACGAACGAGUCCUCAUCCGAAGGGCCCCCUUCUAAGAGGCGGAAAACAAGCGCUGCGUCUGGCACGGUCAGUAGACCACGAAGGAAGGGUCUGCUUGUCGCAUUGAAGAAGAUCUAUGUGACAUCUUCACCUCACCGCAUCAUGAACGAGCUGGAGCUUCUACACGAAUUACGCCACUCGCAAUACAUCUGUCCACUGUUGACAGCCUUCCGUCAUCUCGACCAGGUCGUGGCGGUACUCCCAUACUUUAAGCACCUCGACUUUCGCUUGUACUAUCGAGACUUCCUUAUCAAUGACAUGCGGCACUACUUUCGUUGUCUCUUCAACGGUCUGGCUCAUGUUCACAAGGCGGGAAUCCUGCAUCGCGACAUCAAGCCCACUAAUUUCCUCUACGACCACACUAGGAGGUUUGGUGUCUUGGUCGACUUUGGCCUGGCUGAGAGGCAAGGGACCGACUGGCAACCAUGCCUCUGUACGGAGUCAAGGGAGAGAAGACGAGAUAGAUUUAUCAACUCAUAUGCCGUGCAGGCUCUGCAGUCCACUACGGAGCAGAUGUCGACUGGGUAUCCUAAGAAUGACAGCCGACCAUCUCGAAGGGCAAACAGAGCAGGGACCCGGGGGUUUCGAGCGCCCGAAGUCUUGUUGAAAUGCACCUCCCAAACCACCAAAAUCGAUAUCUGGUCAGCCGGCGUGAUCCUCCUCACCCUUCUGGCACGACGAUUUCCAUUCUUCAAUAGCGCUGAUGAUGUUGAUGCCAUGAUCGAAAUGGCUUCGAUAUUUGGCCGGAAGAAGAUGCAAUCGGUUGCAGCUAUGCAUGGCCAGCUCUUUGAAACCAACAUCGAGACCAUCGGCGAACGGGGUUUUACUUUUGAAAAGAUCAUCAUCUGGGCAAGUUGUCGCGAGAAAGAGCAAGACACUCUUCGACCAGGAGAAGCUCAAGCAGUGGCAUUUCUGCACGGGCUCCUCGAACUCGAUGCUGGCAAACGGUGGUCGGCGAGAGAGGCAUUGCAACACGAAUUCCUCACGGCACCCGUCGAGGACGAGGAGGAGCGAGCCGAGAGAGAAGCGCAAGAAGCAAUUGACGAAGAGGCGAGAGGAGCACGUCGGUGA